UCCGCGUGUAAACUUGCCCUCGCGCGGUCCGCAGGCGUGCGUGUGCGGCUGCCUCGCUCUGGGCCGCUGGCGUCGGGUCCGCGCGCGGCCACGGAAGGAGGAAGCCGCGCUCGGGGCUCCGCCGUUCCCUUCCACGGCCGCCCCGAGGAGCCAUGUCGCCCAAGAGCUCGUGCGCGCGGCGCCCCUUGGAGCACGGUCAUGCCUGCUUGCUGUGCUCUUGUGCGUGCUACGCGAGUGUACAUCGACGCGGUGUCCAGUGCCGUUCCCGCGCGUGCUUGCUGUUCCUCGGUGUCGGUGGCCGCGGCAGCUCUGGCGCGUGCUCUCCGUGGUCGCCUGCUCUGCGCACGCAACCUGUUUGAUGAAAUGCCUUGAAUAGGGGAGGACAUUUGGGGGAUGCCGCUGGCUUCUGCGGUCAAAUGGGAGAUGCCCUGAUUCGAGGCAAGAGCUGUUGGGGCUCCUUUCGCCGGCGUGAAGCGUUGGAUCAGAGCCACGACCUCGGGCUGGGCGAGCGCGGGUCACGGCGAGGGCAGAUGCCAAGGAUAGUCGUCGCGUGGCGAUCCACCCGAGGUACGGCCGGCGUGCGACCCGGCGAGCCCGUCGGUGACCCCAUGUGAUAGAUUCGCCCGCAAUGCCUCCAGUCCAGUUCAGUUAGAAAUUGGUCCAGUUGAUCUGAGGCACGCGAGAGCUCUUCCCCGCAUGGUUAAUUUAAGCGACUCAAGUCAAUGGCUGGAGAUUAUUACUCUGUGUCGACUCCAUCUCAUCGCAUCUUGUAGAUCUGGAUCCCCCUUUUUAAUCCCAUCUCCAGAGAGAGACUCGAUGCACAACUCGGAGCAUUUCAUUCAGUCACCACACCACUUGCGAGCUUUGAUACCACCACACAAGACAGACCUGUGAGCUUGAGAGAGCAAUGGCAGACAUUGUGCUUGGCCUGACCAAGUCGGUGGUGGAGGGGACGCUGAGCAAGGUCAAGUCGGCGAUCGAGGAGGAGGCGGGGCUGAAGGUGAGGGUGCAGCACGACCUGGUGUCCAUCACUGGCGAGUUUGAGAUGAUGCAGUCCUUCCUUAACGCCGUCGACAGGGAGCAGGUGCAGAACAAUGUGGUGAGGACCUGGGUGAGGCAACUGCGUGACCUGGCCUAUGAUGUGGAGGACUGCAUCGAGUUCGUCAUACACGUGGAUAACAAGUCGUCGACCUGGUGGCGCCGCCUGCUUCCGUCUUGCAUGGUAGCGGUGCCGCCCCUGGACGAGGCUGUCUCUGAUGUGAAGCAACUCAAGGCCAGGGUCGAGGAUGUGAGCCAAAGGAACAUGCGCUACAACCUCAUCAGUGACCCCGGCAACAAGCCGGCCAUCACACAGCAGCAGCCAUCCGCCAUCAGCGGCGCAGCAGCAUUUGACAUGCUUCUCGAGGCAAGGGACAACGCAAGGAACCAGUGUGGCUUAUGGGAUCUCGCUGAGUUGAUUACCAGAAAUGAUGAGGACCUCCAAAUCAUCUCGGUGUGGGGGACAAGAGGCAAUCUUGGAACAACAUCCAUCAUCAGGAAGGCCUAUGAAGACCCUGAGAUAUGCCAAAACUUCACAUAUCGUGGCUGGGUAAAGCUCAUGCACCCUUUCGAUCCCCAUAAAUUCAUCUGGAGCUUGUUGAGUCAAUUCAUCACAAAUUCUCACCGACAACAAGGAGAUGUUGUAGAUGUGGAUACCCUUUGGACGGAGAUAGAGGCAGCGACGGAGAUGCAAGGCGGACACAUCAAGAAUUUCAUCAAUAGAGUGAACAAGAAUAAGUACCUCAUUGUGUUGGAAGACCUGCCCACCAUGGUAGAGUGGGAUAUCAUCAGAAUAUACCUGCCAGACAUUAAGAAUGGCAGCCGAAUUGUCGUGUCGACUCAACAGUUUGAAAUUGCAAGCUUGUGUACUGGACAUCCUUAUCGAGUAUCGGAGCUCAAGAAAUUCUCAGAUGAGCACUCUGUCUGUGUCUUUUUCAAGGAGGUUUCUCCAAGCCUUGGAGACGAAGACGAGGAAACAUAUAGGGCGAUGAGCAGCUAUGAAGGUUCUGAACACUAUGGAUAUGAAGGCGAGGAGAUCAGUUUGGUGAUGCCUACGAAUGAAAUGUCAGCAGAGGAUGAAUUAAAGCACACAUGGGGUCUUCCCUUCAAGAAAGAUCUCAACUCAAAAAGGGUAGAGGCCGAUAUCUGGAAGAAAAAGUUUCAGCCUGUUGGACGCAAGAUGGAAAAGAGAGAUCUUUCUUUCAUGUUAUUUCAGCCAGCAAAAGGCCGCAAAGAAGUGAUUUCAGUGUGGGGGAUUGCUGGCGUUGGGAAAUCUGCUCUCGUCAGAAUGGUGUACUAUGAAGAUAUACAGAAUUAUAACCGCUUUAACAAGUAUGGCUGGAUCAAUGUGUCCCAUCCGUUCAAUUUAAGGGAUUUCUCUCGAAGCUUACUUUCGGAUUUGGACCCAGAAGCUCUUCAAGGCAAGGGGACUUCCGAUUUUGGUAUGAUGGGAAUCAAAGAUCCGAUUCAAGAGUGUUAUAAGCUUCUGCACGAAGAUAAAUGUCUUGUUGUUAUUGAUGGUCUGCAGUCCACGGAUGAGCGGGACUUAAUAAAAGCUGCCUUACCAAAUGGACCUUCUAAAAGUUGUGUUAUUGUUGUUACUGAUGAAGCAAGUAUUGCCACACAUUGUGCAGUGCCAGAUGAUGCCGUGUUCAACGUCAAAGGUCUAGAAGCUGAUGAAGCCCUUGAACUAUUCAAACAGGUAUAUGCAGAGACUGAAAGGUUUGAUAUAGACCCCGACAUGAUGGAGCAAGCAAAGCCCAUCUUGAACAAGUGUGGUGGACUACCGGAAGUAAUAGUUGCUGUUGGUGGCUACUUGGCCACCAAAACAAACAUGGAUAUGUGGUUGAAUCUGAAUGAUAGCUUUAUGCACCAGUUGGAAACCAACCCAGGGUUUGAUAGUCUCCGGGGUCUAUUAACCUGGAUGCAUUCAUAUUUUCGUACUUGCCUGGAUUCCCUCAAGCCAUGUAUAUUCUAUGUGUCAAUUUUUCCUCGAGGCCAGUGUAUUCGGAGGAGGCGUUUGGUGAGAAGGUGGAUCACAGAAGGCUAUUCAAGGGACACUGACAUCAAUACCGCAGAGGAGGAUGGGGAGGGUUUUUUCUCCAAGCUUGUUGACCUAAGCAUUAUCCAGGAUCCAUCACAGGCAGCCACUGAAAUAUACAGAUCGAAGGGAAUGAGAAUUGCCUUGUGCCAAGUCAAUGGUUUUGUUCGUGAGUACAUCGUCUCACGCCCUAUGGAAGAGAACCUUGUCUUUGUGUUGGAGGGGCGUUGCAGUGUGAACUCGCAACGCACUGGGCGGCAUCUUGCAAUAAGGAGCAGCUGGGACAGGGACAUCAAUGUGUUUGAGAGCAUCGACUUCUCACGGCUACGGUCUUUGACAGUGUUUGGAAGGUGGGAAUCAUUCUUCAUCUCUGCCAAUAUGAGGCUGCUUCGGGUGCUUGAUCUGGAGGACACGUCAGAUCUGACAGAUAAUGACCUCGAGAAGAUUGGGAAGGUACUACCUCGCCUCAAGUUCCUUUCCUUACGAGGAUGCAGAAAGGUUAGCCAUUUGCCGAGUUCAUUGGGUGACCUGAGGCAGCUCCAGACUCUAGAUGUCAGACACACCUCAAUAGUCAGGCUGCCACCCGCCAUCAUCAAAUUACAGAAGCUGCAGUACAUCCGUGCCGGCAGCACAAUACCAAUUAGUGAUGGCACAGCAGACAAGCCAUCAACACCUUGUGUUAUGGUAUCCUGGUUGUCUGAGCUCUGCAGACGCCCACUUGUUUGCGGCGUUGUGGCACCUAUGAGGAUUGGUAAAUUGACCAACUUGCACACGUUGGGUGUUGUUAACGUCAGAGUUGCAGGAGGGAAGGCCAUUCUAAAAGAACUGAAGAAACUUACCCAGUUGCGCAAGCUCGGAGUAUCCGGCAUCAGCCGGAAAAACAAUCAGGAAUUCUGUGCUGCGGUGUCAGGUCAUGGCCAUUUGGAAUCCCUGACGGUUUGGCUCGAGAAGCAUAACCAUGGAUGUUUGGAUGACAUCUUCCCACAUCCGGAGAACCUACAGAGCCUUAAGCUGUACGGGCUUACCGACAAGUUGCCAGUAUGGAUCAAGCAGCUUCACAAUCUCACAAAGUUGAAUUUGGAGAUGAUGAUAUUAGGGCGAGAAGAUACAGAGAUCCUCGGAGAUCUACCAAAUCUAGUUAUUCUGCGUCUUCUUAUCAAGCCGAUUCAAGAUGGCCAGCUCCGUUUCUGUCCCAAGCCAGAGAAAGCUGAUUCUAGUGUUUUUGUCUCGCUCCAUGUCCUGGAGAUUGCUUGCAACUCCAGUUUACAUGUCAGGUUCAAACUGUUGGCAAUGCCGCAUCUUGAGCUGCUGAAGAUUCGGUGCGGUGAUGGGAUGUCGUCGCGGAUAUCUGGGCUAGAGCAUCUCUAUUACCUCAAGGAGGUCUCUGUCAAUGGUUCAUGUGACAUGGAACUCCAGGAGGACUUGCAGAGCCAACUUGAUAAGCACUCAAGGUCAAACAAGCCUGUUUUGAAGCUCGAGACGGUCAGUGCCAAGUAAACUGAGCUCAUCCCCUUCAAUCUAGAGGACGGUGUGUAAAUUUGCAUGCCAUCGUCUCCAGGCGUCACAACCUGUAAGUAAACGAUAUGCCAUUGGAUACUGAAAUUUACCGAAUCCGGUCCAGUUCAUGUAACCUGUUCACAUUGUCUUGAGAAAAUUAGGCUCUCAUGACUCAUGUUGUAUUCACUUGUAUCUUAGGAUUGAACUGGCGUGUUGGCGCGUUGCUGUUGUACUUCUGUUAUCUUAUUGCAACUUAGCGGAGUAUUGUGUAUGGUCGAAUAAAGUCUGUAAGUCGAACUAUCAGUUCUGUAUUUUUGUAAUGGAGUUCUGUAUGAUUAUGGGUAUAUGCUAGCCAAAGUUGUAUAGUACUCCCUCCGUCCCUAAUUAGUUGUCUUAAAUUUGUCU